GAAUUUCCCAGCAUCUUUUCUCUCUCGGUGUUGGACAACUCCAGUUGCCAGAUGAGUUAAUCACAUCCAUCCUGCUGAAGUGUCCUCGAGCAAGAGCCCAUGACUGCUCAUCCAUUUUCUUUUAAAAGUUUUUUAAAUCAUUCCUAAAAUGUGGAACAGUAAAAUCGUUUAAAGAGACAAUAUUGAUCAUAAAGUCUUGCUACCUCUUUAAAUCUCUCUGAUUAAAAAAAAAGAUCCUCCUUGCAGCCAAUCAUAAAGCCCUGAGGUCCGAGGACAGGCUCAUAUCAGCCGGCGUCACCGCACCGUCCUCUUCGUCCCCCCAGGAUGCUCCUCUUGUUCUGUCUGACCGUCUUCCUCUCUGCGGGCUUUUCCAUGGAGACGAAGCAGACCUCCAAGCUGCUGGCGGAGAGCGGAGAGCAGUGCUCGGCCUGCGACUUCCGGGAGCACAGUAAGCAGAUGAGGCUCCACAACAUCAAGUCCCAGAUCCUCAGCAUCCUGCGGCUCGAGCAGGCUCCCAACAUCAGCCGGGACAUGAUCCGCCAGCUGCUGCCCAAAGCGCCUCCUCUGACGCAGCUCCUGGACCAGUACGACCCGCGGGUGGAGGACGAGGACCACGCCACGACGGAGACCAUCAUCACUAUGGCCACCAAGCCCAAUCCCAUCGCCCAGGACGAGUUGUACUCCUGUUGUCUGUUCAGCCUCAGUCCAAAGAUCCAGCCCAAGAACAUCCUGAGCGCGAAGCUGUGGGUUCACCUGCGGCCGGCCGACAUGGUCACCACCGUCUUCCUGCAGAUCUCCCACCUCAAACCCGGAAAGGAGGGAAACAACACCCGAGUCCGAGUCCGCUCGCUGAAGAUCGACACGGACGCCGGCGCCGGCUCCUGGCAGAGCAUCGACAUCAAGUCUCUGCUGCAGGCCUGGCUGCGCCAACCAGAGACCAACUACAGCAUCGAGAUCAACGCCUACGACUCCAGAGGAGAAGAUCUGGCCACCACGUCUGCAGAGCCCGGAGAGGAGGGACUGCAACCGUUCAUCGAAGUGAAGAUCCUCGACAGCCCCAAGAGAUCCCGUCGCGACUCGGGCCUCAACUGCGAUGAGGAAUCUGCGGAGACCCGCUGCUGCCGUUACCCGCUCACCGUCGACUUUGAGGAGUUCGGCUGGGACUGGAUCAUCGCGCCCAAACGCUACCGGGCCAACUACUGCUCCGGGGAGUGUGAGUUCAUGCACCUGCAACAGUACCCGCACGCGCACCUGGUGAACAAGGCCAACCCACGGGGCACCGCGGGGCCCUGCUGCACGCCCACCAAGAUGUCGCCCAUCAACAUGCUCUACUUCAACCGCAAGGAGCAAAUCAUCUACGGAAAGAUCCCGUCCAUGGUGGUGGACCACUGCGGCUGCUCCUGAGGAAACCCAGGCGUCCCGCAGGACUUAGGUUUGACCCCAGAAGCUCCAUCUCCGGUGAAAGUGAUGCAGACUUUUUAAAUAUUGCAAAACAAAUCCAUCCUCCAAGGAAUGGACUCCUGAAUGUAUUCUGUAGUUUCAUACUUUGUUCUUUUAUCCCUUUUGUCCAAACACAGAAACAGACAUAAACCAAAGAGUAAGACACGAGCACAGCAGCUCACAGAGAUUCUUCACUAGAUGUUGAAAUGUAAACAGGUGAUGGAAGGUCGGUUCAGUUCAGGUAACAGCCUGUCAUCAAGUAGUUAUGAGACUGAGAGGAGGAGUAAAGCUGUGAUCCAGCGCUGCAGAUUCAGCUGAUAAUUCACCGCAGGUUCGUCACUACCACGACUUUAACAUUUCACAUUCUCAUUUCAUCGACUGUUAUUAUAAAAACAUGAUUAUAGCUGCUUUAAGUUAUUGUUUCAGUGCUGGUGGUGCGUCCUCACAGAUGAAGAUGCAGCAGGGACGGGAUGUGAAAGGAGGUCAGCUGUAGUCUGUGGUAGGAAGGGUUUUGUAGUUCUGUUUGUGUUCCCGGUGACGUGGACAAAUAUGUUAACGAUGCUGCUCAUGUCACAACUUUCUUUACUUUAUGCUUUUUUAAAUGAGCUCUGGAAACACAACCGUAUCAGUGCAGCCGAAUCUAAGAUUCAUCCAUCACACACACACACAGAUAGACGGACUCCUGCCGCUUCCUGUCCUCCUGUCUUAUGAAACGUGUCCUGAUUUGAGCCCUGACCAGAACAAACCCCGCAGGGCGUCUUCCAUGUGCGCCUUUAUUUUUAAAAACAUGAACCGAGUGACUCUGAGCCGACACGUCGCCUCUCUCUGUCCCAACGCUUGUUUGCAAACUCCUCGCUGUGACCAGUUCUCAAGAGCGUCACAGCAGCGGAGAGAGAAGAGACUUCUUUAUUUUUACUUUUUGCAGGUGUGUCCUUCAGUGUUGUGAUUGUCUUUGCGGUGGACGGAUUGUGCGGCGUGUUGUAAACUGUCAGCAGUGUCUUCUCCUAUAGACUCAAGCCUUAAAGGUCCACUGAGGAGGACACAGUUCUCUCCAUCCUGAAAAGUUGAAUACAUCUCCAGCGUCACAAAACAUUUUUAAAAGCUUCUUCUUCUGUGGUUUUUGCAGGUGCAUUGCAGAAUUUCUUGGCGUGUUAGUGCCAACGAAUCUGCAGCUGUGUCCCACUUCAGCAGCCGCUUCCUUCCGAGGAGGCGAAGGCUGAACUGAACUGAAAGCGUCUGGCCUUCGGAGGAUUUUCACUUUGCCCGCCUUUACGAUUGUGUCGUAAAGCGUGGCUUCUGUCACCUAGCAACCCUGACAAUGCGCAACUUUUUUGUUCACAAAAACGUAAAGUUUUAAGGCCCUUAGCUUUAACAGCUCUAAGAUCAGCUGUUGAACUGAACUGAAACCCAAUUCUAACAUGUAUAAGUCUGAUCCUCAGGCUCUCUGCCUGUCUGUCUGUGUUGUGCAAUGAAUCUUGGGAUAGGUUGGGCCACGAUGGAUCCACCUGUCGGAGCCUUCGUUGCCUAGGAAAAGAAGCACAGUCUAGUCACGCCGCUGUGACGCAGUCGGUCUUUAAAUGCAGCCUCUGAAGGACGCGACCCCCGUCAACAGAGUCGAGUGAAACCAGUGGACUUCACGCUGUCCUCCUGUACGAUGACGUUGUGUUUUUAAGGCUGCAGGAUUUUGUAUUUCUGAAGUGUAACUUGGCACCAGACUGAGCAGCAGUCGCUUGUUUCACCUCUGACACCGACUCAGAGUCAGACAUGUGCUUUGUCGCACCUGGAAAAAAGAAAUCAAAGCACAGCAAACAUGAGACGUUAGACGCCUGGAGUUAAACUCUGGUACUUCAGAUGAAAGCAUUUCUGUGUAAUAUCAGAAAUGCUCCUUCACAAGUAAAUAGAAGAACUAGUAGAAGACAUACUUAAUGCAGUAGAUUUGCAUGACUUCACACCAACACCAGGCCUCUGAACCAACCUUAACUUUAAUCUCAAGAAAAGCGCGUGAACAGCCGGCGAGGUUCAGGAUCCAUCGAUGUGAGAGCAGGAAGUGUGAUCUCAGAGGGAGGUGAGUGCAGAUGUCCUGACUGUUGUUGUGCUUCGCGGGGGUUUCUGACCCAGAAGUCUUUGCUGUUGGAACAGAACGUCCACGAGUGACACAGAUUCACAUUUGUGAUUCUGCAUUGAACUUGAGUGAACUUUUUUAACCUUUUUUGCUGCAACAACGUCCAUCAGUGAUAAUUGAUGCGGUGGUUUGCUUUUUCUGCAGAUAUGCGAAGAUCACUGAGCAGGAAAAAACUAAGAUUUUAAAUCUCAAUAAAAUUACUAAAAACAUGUAAUGGUGAAUAUUUUUAUAUGUUUUGAUUUUAAAAUGUGUUUUUGGAUAAAGAAAACUAAUGAAAGCAGCGUGUUUUGAUGGAAACUUUUUUAUAUCCUGCAUUUGUUGCUAUUUAUCUUUACAUAAGAAUCAAGAAUGACUUGAUUGUUAGAAUUCAGACUAUGUUCACUCACAAUAUAAAUACAUGUGCUCAGACACAACAGGAGUAUGAAACAUGAGGUGAUGUCGCUGCUUCAGUUGGAGCUCUGAAAGUGAAGCAGAGACGGGGGGAUGCUGCACUGAAGGACACCGGUCCAUAUGUGUCAAAGCAAGAACUGAACUGAUGAACUGUGUCGUUGGAAAAUCAGCCGCAGAGCACAGACAGUGAUCAAACACUGAUGUCAUGCCGUCAGUCAGUAUUAUUAUCGGUGUGUAAUCUGCUCUGCACAGGUGCUGUGACGUGCCAAACCCACAAACUCAACUGCUGCUGGGUAAUGAAGAUCUUCACAUAGUCAGAUAAUUUAGUUUCCGCCACAUGGGUGCACCAGAGUUCAUCUGCGUGACUUAUAGAAAGUACUUAAGUUUCAUAUUCCCCACCAUUAAAAACUGCCACUGUUGACUAUGAAUAUGUUGAAUAAUGAUAAACUGUCGGGAACACUCUGAUGCAUGUGAGGAAGGAGCUUGUCCACAGUUGUUAUUACUAAUGUCUUUGCAUUAAUAAGAAUAUUACCACUUGCUUUGUCGUGUUUUAUAGAGCAAACUGCAGUUCUACUGUUCAGAUUUUUUUUAUCAGUAUCGUUGAUUAACAGUUACAUUAUUCUCUUGUGCUUCUGAAUAAAAUACUCAUUGUAAAUAAUGGUAAAAGAAAAUAAUAUUUUAAGCCUUUA